CGCGGGGCCGUCGGCGGCCGCCAUGUCCCGCCGGGGCCCGCUUAAGGACUCGGGGACACCCCGGCGCAGGGCCGAGCGCGCCAUGGGGCCGCAGGCGGAGGCCGGGCUGCUGCAGGAGCUGCGGAGCCGCACGGAGCGGGCCGAGCGCAGGCUGCUGGCCUGCGAGAACCUGGUCGGGGAGCUGGGCAGCAACCUGGCGGCGCUGGGCAGCCUCCUGCAGGCCUGCGGGCAGCUCCAGCAGCGCCUGGACAACGUGGAGAACCUCCUGAAGAACAGGAACUUCUGGAUCCUGCGGCUGCCGCCGGGCUCGCGGGGAGAGAUCCCCAAGGUGCCGCUGACGUUCGAUGACGUCUCAGUGUACUUCAAUGAGCAGGAGUGGGAGAGGCUGGAGCGCUGGCAGAAGGAGCUGUACUGGGCCGUGAUGAGGGGCAACUACGAGAUGCUGGUGUCCCUGGACUACGCCGUGUCCAAACCCGACAUCCUGUCCCGCAUUGAGAGGGAGGAAGAGCUCUGUGCCGAGGGCAGCCAGGAGCCUCCCCUAGCACCCAUCCCAGGGGGACAGAGCCUGCCACAGAUGGACACCACAGCUAGCCACAGCCCCCCACAUAUGGACACCACAGCCAGACAGAAUACCCAACAGAUGGACACCACAGAGAACCAGGAGCCCCCACAGAUGGACACCACAACCAGCCAGAACCCCCCACAGAUGGACACCACAGAGAACCAGAAGCCCUCCCAGAUGGACACCACAGGGAACGAGAAGCCUCCACAGAUGGACACCACAGAGAACCAGAAGCCUCCACAGAUGGACACCACAGAGAACCAGAAGCCCUCCCAGAUGGACACCACAGGGAACCAGAAGCCCUCCCAGAUGGACACCACAGAGAACCAGAAGCCUCCACAGAUGGACACCACAGAGAACCAGAAGCCCUCCCAGAUGGACACCACAGAGAACCAGAAGCCCUCCCAGAUGGACACCACAGAGAACCAGAAGCUCUCCCAGAUGGACACCACAGAGAACCAGAAGCCUCCACAGAUGGACACCACAGGGAACCAGAAGCCCUCCCAGAUGGACACCACAGAGAACCAGAAGCCUCCACAGAUGGACACCACAGAGAACCAGAAGCCCUCCCAGAUGGACACCACAGAGAACCAGAAGUCUCCACAGAUGGACACCACAGAGAACCAGAAGCCCUCCCAGAUGGACACCACAGAGAACCAGAAGCUCCCCCAGCCCAAUGCCCCAGCCAGCCAGAAGCUCCCCCAGCCAGGAGAAGAGCUGAAGCAGAAGGCAGAGGCUUUGGGAGAAGAUGCAGCCCCACUGGAAGCUGACCCAGAGCUGCCCAUCCUGGUGAUGAACGUCACAUCCCUGAGUGUGCAGCACAAGGGGCACGGGGAGGAGGAGCCCGAGGCAGAGCUGGGAGAGGAUCUGUCAGAAGCCAGCGCGGAGGAGGGCUCUUUGACGGAGAAGGAAGCGGCGUGUGAGGGGGCUGAAGCCCUGCAGGUGAAGCAAGAGGAGCCUGGGGCGUUGCAUGGCCCAGAGACGCAGGAGUGCCCCAAAAGCGAGCAGCCCAAAGCCAAGAGCAAGAAGAAGCCGAUACGGAGCGAGAGCAGCAGCCUGCUGAUGGGCAACUGCCGGCGCGGGUUCGUGCGGGAGUGGGGUCACCCCUGCACCGAGUGCGGGAAGCGCUUCCGCCUCAAGAUCAACCUCAUCAUCCACCAGCGCAGCCACGCCAAGGACGGGCCCUACGAGUGCGGCCUCUGCGAGAUCAGCUUCGCGGACAAGCGCCACCUGGACCUUCACCAGAGCAUCCACACCAAGGACAGGGCCUUCGGGGCCAAGGUCUGGGGCAACGUCCACCCGGAGCUGAGGAUCCGGCCCAGGAGGAAGUUCCAGGAGGCCUCGUGCGGGGUGAGCCCCGGCCCGGGCGGCCCCUGGCCCGGGCAGCCGGCGGGGGAGCCGGAGCGGGGCGGGCUGGCGGGCGCGUGCCCGUCGCAGCAGCAGCAGCACAGCCUCAAAGCUCGGCCCAAGCCCGUGCUCAAGUGCCACUUGUGCAAGAAGAUCCUGUCGCGCAGCUUCUCACUGCAGCGGCACCUGCAGACGCACUGGCGGGAGCGGCCCCACUGCUGCCCCUGCUGCCAGAAGCGCUUCACGCGCCGGACUCACCUCGUGCGCCACCAGAAGAUCCACGAGCGCCAGAACGCCGCGGCGCAGCCCCCGCUCCCCCCGGCACAGCCCCUGGCACAGCCCCCGCCGCAGCCCCCGCCGCAGCAGCCUCCCCCGGCGCCGGCGCCCAACGGCCCCGUGGCCAGCCCGGGCGCGGCGCUGCCGGCGUGUGCCAUGGUGCUGGGGGCAGCGGGCAAGAGCUCGGGCGGGCGCGUGGCACAGCCCGUGGUCAGGCUCGGGUGCCGCGCGGCGCUGAGCGGGCUGAUGGGGAAGUGAGGGCGGCGCCGGGCGCUGCUGCUGCUGCUGCUGCAGGGAACGGCCCUCGGCGGGGAGUGCGCACCGGCCGGGACCCUGGCGCGGGAGCCGCCGCGGCUGCUGCCCGGGACGCGCUUUCCCCCCGUGGUGGAAGGCUCAGAAGGUUGGUCCCAACCUCACCAAGCAAUCUGGGGAUGCCAGAUGCUUUGCCCUCGCUGUCUUGGCUGCUGCUGACCCUCCCCUGAGCUCCUGGUGUGCCCACCCGGGGCGGUUGCCAGCAGCAGCUGGAGCUGGGCUUCCCGGGUCAUAGGAUCACAGAAUGGGAGGGUUGUAAGGGACCUUUAGAGCUCAUCCAGUCCAACCCCCUGCUGAGGCAGGUUCCACCUAGAUCAGGUCACACAGGCCCUGCUGCUGGCGCUGCCCUGUGCAGGGAACAGUUACACGGGCAGAGCAGGAGACAGAGCUGAGCAGAGAACGUGGCAUUUCCUGACCCAGCCCCUGUGACACCCCCCCACCCCAGCGAGGGCAUCUCUGUGCCCUCCCUCGGGUGGGGCCCCUCAGGGCAUCACGUUUCCAGAGCAGCUGGAGCCAGGCGGGUUCCUGCUGAUGGGGGGUGUCGUGUCUGAGCUCCUGUCCCUGCAGGAACCUGCCCCAGCUGUGAUUUUGCACUGGGGGCUGUGAGCCACCUUGGCCGCUGGGUUUGAGCUUCCUGGGCAGGAGAAGGGUGAGAAGUUGAGGCACCAGCACAGAGCCAAGCUGCGAGGGCUCCGUCACGCCCCGCGCUGCGGCCGCGCUCAGCCGCUGCCCGUGGCUGCUGCGCAGGGUGGUGGCCUCGGGAGCGGCCUGCACAGAGCCACAGGCACUUUAGGGAUGUGCCAGGGGUGAGCUGCCCCCUGAGGCAGCCCCCGCGGGUGCCGUCGUGGGGCUGGGGCUCGGGAGCAGCCCCCUCCCCAGGGCAGGCCCCACUCCCCCAACCGCAGCUCGUGUCCCGCCGAGUCCCCGGGACGUGAGCUGUGCUAUAGCUACCUCAAAGGGCCCAGGCAGGGGGGGACUGGAGCCCCCUGAGUUUGGGGGUGCCCCAGCCCGCGUGCCACCCACACUCCUGGGCACACAGGGGCACCGGCCCAGGGCCUGAACCGGACUCUGAGUUAUCUGCAGGGUGGUUUUUCUUCGGUUGUUUGAUGUAAUGAUUUGCUGUCUCUCGUUCUCUGUCCCUCUCCAGGCAUUUUGCUCAUCCCCUUGUUGUGUUGCUGGCUGCUCAGGGCAGGUGAGGGGCGUUUCUCCCCGGGUUCCUGCCCCCUGGGACAACAGUGUGU